AUGUAUGUGGCUUAUGUUAUUGUGGUGGUGUUCUCCACCUGGGUCUAUCAGAGGCUGCGCCAUCGGUCGUUGGCUGCCCCUAGCUUAAGCGAGCCAGAUCUUCUAACGGAAUCUGAAGAACCUGGAGAAUCCUCCUCAUGGCUCUGAGUUUGGGGAUGAGUAUCAGCCAUUAUUAGCAGUCCAGCAUGGAACCUGGCAGAUCCUAUUGGAAUCUCUAAAUCCAGUGGAUGCAAGGAAGUGGAGGCAAAAACCUUGGCACUGGAAAAUUCUAAAAGUUGCAAAGUUUCCCAUUGAGUUGCUGCUCCGUAUCUCUGUCCCUGUGGUGGACCCCGACAAAGAGGAUCGCAACUGGCAGAGGCCUUUGAACUGCAUUCAUCUAAUCACCACACCUCUUCUCUGUGUCUUCUGUCUAAAUUCAGGAACAUAUGCACUGUACCUUAUUCAGGGCACAAUGCCAAUCUGGGCUGUUCUAUUGAUCAUUGGAACUCCACUGGCAGUCAUCGUUUUCUUCACCACUAACAAUGGCCAGCCACCCAAGUACUACUUUCUUUUCUCCUUCUUGGGAUUCAUUGCCAGUGCUCUGUGGAUCAGUGCUGCUGCAACUGAAGUUGUUAACCUGCUGCGCACUUUUGGAGUUGUCUUCCGGCUGAGUAACACAGUGCUGGGGCUAACCUUGCUUGCCUGGGGGAACAGUAUUGGGGAUUUUGUGUCUGACCUCACGCUAGCUCGUCAAGGCUAUCCUCGCAUGGCAUUCUCUGCUUGCUUUGGAGGAAUCAUAUUCAAUGUGUUAAUUGGAGUUGGUCUAGGCUGUUUGCUGCAGAUGGGCCCAUCAAAGACUGUGUUACAGCUGGACGCACAUGAUCUUUUGGUAUGGAUUUUGGCUGGAGGUCUUGGAAUCAGCCUGGUGUUUUCACUGGUUUUUGUACCAGUGCAGUGUUUCCAUCUUCGUCGUACCUAUGGAUUUGCCCUACUUGUCCUCUAUGUUCUCUUUCUAAUUGUAGCAUUAUUAACCGAGUUUGGAAUAAUCAAACUGGAAACCUGA